AUGAAACCGUCUGCCCCAGCAAGCCGUCCUACGAGCCUCAAGGCCAUCCUACUUGCAGUAUUCAUCGCGUUCGGAGGAUUCCUUUUCGGAUACGAUAUUGGAGUUAUUUCUGGAUGUCUGAUCAUGCCUGACUUUGUGCGACGUUUCGGUGAACCGGACGGCGCAGGUGGCUUCGUGCUGUCGAGCUCACGCCAAUCAAUUAUUACUUCCCUCUUAUCAGCUGGGCACGUGACAUUUGUUGGAGCGCUCGCUCAGGCAUUCACUUCCGAUCGCUUUGGUCGAAAAGGCUCGAUUCUUAUCUGGUCGGGAAUAUUCACUCUUGGUGUCGUUGUCCAAACCAGUACAGGCUUCUCAAUUGUACAGAUUACCAUCGGUCGAUUCAUCGCUGGCACUGGUGUAGGUGCAUUAUCGGCCAUUGUACCCCUAUAUAAUGGCGAAACUGCACCAAAGAAGAUCCGUGGUGCAAUCCUUGCUUUCUAUCAAAUCCAAAUUAUAUCAGGUGUUUUCUUUAGCUACGUCGUUGACCUCGCAACACAUGCAUUAAACAACUCUGCUUCUUGGCGUAUUCCUGUCGGGCUACAGAUGCUAUGGGGACUUAUCCUACUCUCCGGCAUAUUUUUCUUACCAGAAUCACCGCGCCACCUGCUUGGUUUGCAACGACCAGACGAUGCGCGGCGAGUUAUUGCAGAGCUAAACUCUGUAGAUGUAGACGAUCCACUUGUACUUGACAUGAUUGAAGAGCUGGAGGUUGCAAUUCGUGCAGAGAACGAGGGUGGCAAGGCAACUUGGAUGGAGUGCUUCUCUACACGGAACAAAUUAUGGUGGCGUACCACGAAUGGCAUGAUGCUUCAGUUCAUUCAGCAAUUGAACGGUCAGAACUUCUAUUAUUAUUAUGGAGAUACAUUUUUCAAGAGCGCAGGAACCCAACUAUCACCAUACGUUAUUCAAACGAUUCUCGGGGCCGUUUCUGUUGUUGGUACUCUUCCAGCACCUUAUCUUAUCGAGACAAUGGGGCGAAGAUCGUCUCUCCUUACGGGAGCUCUUAUGGAAGCCGUUUGCGCCUUAAUUGCAGGAGUUGCUGGAGCGACAAUGAUACCUCCGCCCGGCGCCGACCUUACAAACAUCACGCUCACACCUCGCAAUAGGCAAGGUGGUGAUAUACUCAUCGCAUUCGCUGUUCUGCACGUCUUCAGCUUUGGCCUCUUUUGGGGCCCGACACCAUGGGUCUAUUUGGGCGAGUCUUUCCCUUUACGUGUCCGCCCGAAAUGUAUUGCCUUGGGAAGUGCUUCGAAUUGGAUCUGGAACUUCCUGCUUUCGUUCUUUUCCCCGAGGAUUGCUGCAAGAAUCGGACCGUGGAUCCUUAUGAUUUUCUUCGGCAUGCUCAUCUUUGGGUUCGUCUACGUGUACUUCUUCAUUCCUGAGGUUAAAGGCCUGAGUCUCGAGGAGGUUGAUGAGCUGUAUCGCUCUGGUGUCAAGCCAUGGAAUUCUGCCGGCUGGAAGCCUUCCGAAAAGCAUCUCCACCGUCAUGAGAGGGUUGAAAGUGCCAGCGACGAGGUGCGCGAUGAGAAGAAUAACGUUUAG